AUGUCCGGCGUCGAGCUCUCCCCUCCCAUCGACAACGUCGAGAAGAACGCCUACGCCGACAAGGGCGCCCUCGUCGGCAACCCUGACGAGCGUCGCAGGGCCGCUCUUGCCGAGAUUGACGAUGCCAAGUUUUCCUGGUUCCACGCCAAGGCGUGCAUUGUGGCAGGCGUCGGGUUCUUUAUAGAUGCGUACGACAUAUUCGCUAUCUCGCUUGCCGCGUCUAUGAUUGGUUACGUCUACCAUGCCGGUGGCUCGAACACCCCCAACCAGGAUCUCGGCAUCAAGGUUGCUCACUCGAUCGGUACCUUCUUUGGACAGCUCCUGUUCGGUUUCCUUGCGGACCACGUGGGCCGUAAGAAGAUGUACGGUGUCGAACUCAUGAUCAUCAUCAUCGGUACCCUCGGCCAGGCCGUCGCUGGCAAAGCUCCCGGAAUCUCCAUCUACGGUGUCCUUAUCAUGUGGCGUUUCAUCAUGGGCAUGGGUAUCGGUGGUGACUACCCUCUCUCGGCCGUCAUCACCUCGGAGUUCGCCGCCAAGCGCAUCCGUGGUCGCAUGAUGAUCGCUGUGUUCUCCGCCCAGGGCUGGGGCCAGUUCUUCUGCGCCAUUGUUUCCUCCAUUGCCCUCGCCGGCUUCAAGAAGGGUAUUGAGAGCGAGCCGCUCGACAACUGGCACUCCAUGGACCAGGCGUGGCGCACCCUCAUUGGUGUCGGCUGUGUUCCUGCUGCCAUCGCUCUGUACUUCCGUCUCACCAUCCCCGAGACCCCCCGUUACACAAUGGACAUUGAGGCCAACAUCAAGCAGGCCUCCCAGGACGUUGACACCUACCUCACGACCGGUACCUACACUGUCGACCCUGUCCGCAACCACGAGCGUGCCGAGGUCCCCAAGGCCUCUUGGAAGGAUUUCUGCCACCACUUCUCCCAGUGGAGGAACUUCAAGAUUCUCUUCGGUACCGCCUACACCUGGUUUGCCCUCGACAUUGCCUUCUACGGUCUCGGUCUGAACAGUGCCCGUAUCCUCUCGGUUAUCGGUUUCGGUGGCUCGGCCGACAAGAGCCUUUCGAAGCAGGUCAACGCCUGGCGUUCCGUCCACAACUCCUCUGUCGGCAACCUUAUCCUCUCCGUCGGCGGUCUCAUCCCCGGCUACUACUUCACUAUGGCGUUCAUUGACUCGUGGGGUCGUCGCCCCAUCCAGAUCAUGGGUUUCGGUCUUCUCACCGCCAUCUUCAUUUGCAUGGGUUUCGCCUACGACAAGAUGAUGGCCAGCUCCUCUGGACAGAAGGCUUUCGUCUUCCUGUACUGUAUGGCUAAUUUCUUUCAGAACUUUGGCCCCAACUCUACGACCUUUGUUGUUCCCGGAGAGGCUUUCCCGACUCGUUACCGUUCGACCGCUCACGGCAUCUCGGCCGCUUCCGGCAAGCUCGGUGCCAUCGUCGCUCAGGUUGGCUUUUCUAAGAUGAUUGAUAUCGGCGGCAAGGGCAAGUUCCUGCCCCACAUCAUGGAGAUCUUCGCCUUCUUCAUGCUUACGGGCUUCAUCGUCACCAUCUUCUGCACGCCCGAGACCAAGGGCCUCACUCUCGAGGAGCUCUCCAACGAGCACCAGGAGAACUUCGUUAAGAACUCCAACUACACUGCUCGCCCUCCCUCUGAGGAGAGUGCUUAA